AUGACAAUCAUCCGAAAAAAACACCCUCUAAUCAAAAUCAUCAACCACUCAUUUAUUGACCUCCCCGCCCCAUCAAACAUCUCAUCAUGAUGAAACUUUGGCUCCUUACUUGGCCUUUGCCUAAUCAUUCAAAUCCUCACAGGACUCUUCCUAGCAAUACACUACACAUCAGACACAUCAACAGCAUUCUCAUCAGUUACCCACAUCUGUCGAGACGUAAACUACGGCUGACUUAUCCGCUAUAUGCAUGCAAACGGAGCCUCCAUAUUCUUCAUUUGCCUUUUUCUUCACGUAGGACGAGGCAUAUACUAUGGCUCCUAUAACAUAAUUGAAACCUGAAACAUAGGCAUUAUCUUACUAUUCGCUGUAAUAGCAACAGCAUUCAUAGGUUACGUCCUACCAUGGGGGCAAAUAUCCUUCUGAGGAGCCACAGUAAUUACAAAUCUACUAUCAGCUAUCCCUUACAUCGGCACAACCCUAGUAGAAUGAAUCUGAGGGGGGUUCUCAGUAGAUAAAGCCACUCUCACACGAUUCUUCGCAUUCCACUUCAUCCUGCCUUUCAUCAUUACAGCCCUCGUUUUCGUCCACUUAUUAUUCCUACACGAAACAGGAUCCAACAACCCAACAGGUCUAAACUCAGACGCGGACAAAAUCCCAUUCCACCCCUAUUAUACAAUCAAAGAUUUUUUAGGGGUCCUUAUCUUAUUAAUAGGUCUCAUAAUUUUGGUACUAUUUUUCCCAGAUGUUCUCGGAGACCCAGAUAAUUACACUCCUGCAAAUCCACUCAACACUCCAGCACACAUUAAACCAGAAUGAUAUUUUCUCUUCGCCUACGCCAUCCUUCGCUCUAUCCCUAAUAAACUAGGAGGCGUCUUAGCCCUAAUCCUAUCAAUCCUAAUCCUAGCCCUUCUACCACUCCUCCAUACCUCAAAACAACGCGGACUCACCUUCCGACCAAUCACACAAACAAUAUACUGAAUCCUAGUAGCUGACCUACUCAUUCUCACAUGAAUCGGAGGCCAACCAGUAGAAUACCCUUUCAUCAUUAUCGGACAAAUAGCCUCAAUCGCCUAUUUCGCCAUCAUCGUCAUUCUCAUACCAAUAGCAGGCAUAAUUGAAAACAACAUCCUAGACCUAGACUAA